CAUUAACUUUGAGGAGCAGGACUGGCGCAGCUUCAUAAAGACGCAAAACUACAAACAACUGGCGACAAUAAUGGCGACCGCACGACCUCUGCAGAUCCUCAACACACAGCAGCAUUUCCUCAACAAGGUGCAUGCAGCAUGGCUGGCCAGAGGUUUUGCGAAUAAAAGUGACGAAGGCUGGUUGAGUUCCAUGUUUGCACACAAAGUGGAUGCCAGGAAAGAUGCCCACUCCAAUCUGCUCUCCAAGAAAGAAACCAGCAACCUCUACAAGAUUCAAUUUCACAAUGUCAAGCCUGAGUAUAUGGAGGAAUACAACAAACUAUCGGACGAGGUGCAGAAGGAGCUCCAUCAUGAUCCAGAUUAUCCCUGUGAAGUUGUAGGAAGCUGGAACACAUGGUACGGUGAACAGGAUCAGGCAGUGCAUCUGUGGAGAUACUCUGGAGGUUAUCCUGCUCUGACCGAGUGUUUGCGCAAACUAAACCUCAACACGGCGUAUCUUGCGUUUCGAAAAGAGAGGAGCAAAAUGUUACUCUCCAGACGGAACCAGCUUCUUUUGGAGUUUAGUUUCUGGAAUGAACUUGUGCCCAGAAGCGGCUCCAACAUUUAUGAACUCAGAUCAUAUCAGCUACUGCCUGGGACGAUGAUCGAAUGGGGAAAUCAUUGGGCUCGAGCGAUUAAAUACCGUCAAGAAAACAAUGAAGCGGUGGGCGGCUUCUUCACACAGAUUGGAGAUUUGUAUGUAGUGCAUCAUUUAUGGGCUUAUAAAGACCUGCAGUCCAGAGAAGAGACCAGAAAGGCUGCAUGGGAAAAGGAGGGCUGGGACGUCAGUGUGCACUAUACAAUGCCUCUAAUCCAAAAGAUGGAGUCGAGGAUUAUGAUCCCCAUGGUACAUUCACCUCUGCAGUAAAAUCAGCCGCCUGUGAAGUAACAAACACAGUUCAGAUGUGCUGUGGUGAAUUUACUCAGACUGAUGAUCAAGGCCUUCAGAUCCUCUUACAGGUGGAACUAAACUUUCCAGAAGCCAGAGAAGAAACCCUGCAAUGACAGCCCAGUGCCUUGUACAAUAUACAUACAGUUAUAGGAAAAUAUUAAAGAGACACUUGAAAAUGAUUUAUAGUUUGAGUUAUACAGCAUGUGUUUGAGUAAAACUGUAUUUUAGAUGUAUUAUGUAAACUACUGUUAAAUUUUUUCCAUAUAAAAUAAAUAAAUGUCAACAUUUAGAGAA